AUGACUUCUGAGAUUACUCAUAAAACUAAUAUUAAGUCUUUAUAUGAAAAUAUAGGAAAUUUAGAGACUAAGGUUUUGAAACCUGAAAUUUUAAAAAAGAAUGAACAGUUAAAUAAAUUGGACCAAGUAAAUGAUUUAAAAAUAAUUCCAGAUCAGUUAUAUUCUAUUAAAAAUAAGAAAAAUAGUUCAUUUAGUUGUCUUUCUGAUGAUUUGUCUGGUAUAUAUUAUUAUACAAAAGUAAUUAAUUGGUAUGAUAAAAAGACAGAGUCUAUUGUCCAGAGAACAAUUGUUUGUCAAAAUGAAAAUAGUCCAUAUCCAAUAAUUCCUUUGGCAAAUUUAUUUAUUCUUCAAGAUUCUUCAGGGAAUUUUUUAUCUGGUUAUUCCUUGCAGAAUUCUCAAAUUUCUGCGAGCUCUUUACUUAGUAUCAUUGCAAAUUAUGUUGUUUCAAGCGUUUCUGAAGAACACUUGGAUAAUAUUUUGCCCCGUUUGCCGCUUUUACAUAAGUGUUUAAAUGUAAAUCCUUGCUUUAAAGAUAUUUCACGGUUUGAUGGUGAAGAAUCUAAGAUAUUUUCAAUUUUAGGAGUUCAACUUUUUCAUGGAUGGCUCCCUAGUCUUCAAGAAGAUGGUUUUGAUAUUUAUAAUGCAAUUAUUAAGGCAGAAACAUAUGAAAAUGCUUUAGAAAAAAUAUCUAUAAUGAAAGAGCUUUUAGAAAAUAAAAAUCUUGAGUAUGCUUCCAGUGAUGAGAAGAUCUCUGAAGGCCGACUGCUAAAUCGUUUUCUAUGUUCAUAUCCACGUUGCUUAACACCACAUGGCAUAACGGUUUUACGAGAAAAAAUGUCUCCAGGAAAUUUAUCAAUAUUAUUCCAUAAUCUCCAUUUUUCUUUACUUUAUUCUCAUUAUCAGACUGGAGAUCUUUAUACAUUAGUAACUGAUUAUGCAUAUAAAGAUUAUGAAAAUAAAGUUGUUUGGGAAUCUUUAGAAACAUCUUUAUAUUUUAAUUCAGAUUUUAUUCUUCAAGAUAAUUUAUUUAAUGAUCUGUCUGGUAUAAAUAAUGAUUUUUCUUUAGCUUUAAAUAUGCAACUCAUGGAAGAUCAGCAAAAAGAAAAUUGGGUAUAUUAUCUUUCUCAAUCAAAAAAAUAUAAAAAACAUAAAACUUCAGGAAAAGUUAAAGAAAAAAAAAAAAAUAGCAGGUCAAAUAAUGAUGUAGUUCCUAGUUGGAAAAGAAGAGCUUCAGAUUCUUUUGAAAAGUUAAAUAAACAUUUGCAAAAAGAAAAAAAAUGUAUAAUAUUUUAA